AUGAAAAACCAUUCCAUUUUCACCGUUGAGAGGGAUGCAGGAGGCACAGAAGUCAGAGCAGAGAGCCCGGCAGAAGAAGGAGGAGGUGUUCUGCUGUAUCUCACAGCUGCUGCCAGCCCUGCCGCAUGUCACCCCUGCAUUAAUGUUUCUGAAGAGGGCGAGAUGGCAGGGGAGUGUGAAGAUGGUGGUGAGCAGAUCGCCGACACUUGUACUGUUGUUGACCACAUACACGGACAGCAGCACCCAUGCACAGCAGCACCCAUGCACAGCAGCACCCAUGCACAGCAGCACCCAUGCACAGCAGCACCCAUGCACAGCAGCACCCAUUCACAGCAGCAAUCAUGCACAGCAGCACCCAUGCACAGCAUCACCCAUGCACAGCAGCACCCAUGCACAGCAGCACCCAUGCACAGCAGCACCCAUUCACAGCAGCAAUCAUGCACAGCAGCACCCAUGCACAGCAGCACCCAUGCACAGCAGCACCCAUGCACAGCAGCACCCAUGCACAGCAGCACCCAUGCACAGCAGCACCCAUUCACAGCAGCAAUCAUGCACAGCAGCACCCAUGCACAGCAGCACCCAUGCACAGCAGCACCCAUGCACAGCAGCACCCAUUCACAGCAGAAAUCAUGCACAGUUACAGAGAUCUUAGGUUCUUGA